GGACUAAUGGGUCAAGAGGAAUUUCUCGAGCGUGGAGACCGGAUACCCCACUUUGAUUUCAUUCACUCUCUCACUCUUUUCUGCCGCAGAGCACAUCACCCUUCUUUCUCACUCUUUCUCUGUUCUUGAAUCCUCAUUUCGCUCUGGGGGUUUAUGGUCUUGGUGGGAACCUAAAGUUUCGAUCUUUGAACUUCUCAGACAUCAUCUGCAGAUACCCAUUUCUUGAUUUUGAUUAUAGUGAUUUAAGUUGGGGAUGCAGUGUAAUUGAAGGUUUAUAUAUAAUGCUGAUCUGUACUGAAUAAAAAGAAAAUCUUGAAAGAUGGAAGAAAUACAGUCUCAAUUGGAUCAGUACAGAUCUUCAUCAUCUUCAGCAAGUAGUCCCUCGAACCGGGUACCAUCAUCAUCAAUCAAUAAUUUCUUUUACUCUAGGAGGCCCGGUACAAUCAGGCAACCGAUCUCCUUUGAAGAUUCACCCGUCUGGGAUGACACUGACAUUGAGGUUAAAGUGGAUGACGGGGGCGAAUCUGUCAAUCUUACAGCUGCUCAGGUCUCCCCAUUCCUUGCAAGACUUAACAGCGAGUCGUUGGCACCAGUGAAGAGGACUGUUUCUGGUGCUUCGGUUGCUUGGAAAGACUUGACGGUUACCAUAAAGGGUAAGAGGAAAUACUCGAAUAAGGUGAUCAAGACUUCAAGUGGCUAUGCAUUGCCAGGAACUAUGACUGUCAUCAUGGGUCCUGCCAAGUCGGGAAAAUCGACACUUUUGAGAGCUCUUGCAGGUAGGUUGCCUGAUUCAGCCAAAAUGUAUGGUGAAGUGUUUGCAAAUGGCUCAAAGUCUUACAUUCCGUAUGGAUCUUAUGGAUUUGUUGAGAGGGAAACAACACUUAUAGGAUCUUUGACAGUUCGCGAGUUCCUCUACUACUCGGCAUGGCUUCAAAUCCCAGAUUUCUUUUGGCAGACUAAGGAUGUGGUUGAGGAUGCCAUCGUUGCAAUGUCACUGGGAGAUUGCAGUGACAAACUAAUUGGCGGUCACUGUUGCAUGAAGGGUCUUCCAAAGGGUGAGAAAAGGCGCGUUACCAUUGCUAGGGAACUUGUGAUGAGACCACAUGUUAUGUUCAUAGACGAGCCCCUUUAUUGUCUCGACAGUGUUUCUGCACUCCUAAUGAUGGUUACACUGAAGAGGCUCACAAGCAGUGGAUGCACCCUAAUUUUCACCAUUCAUCAGAGCAGUACAGAAGUGUUUGGUCUCUUUGAUAGAAUUUGCCUCCUUUCAAAUGGAAACACGCUGUUCUUCGGAGAAACACUAGCUUGUUUGCAGCACUUCUCCAAUGCUGGAUUUCCUUGCCCAAUCAUGCAAAGUCCAUCUGAUCACUUUCUGCGCGCAAUCAACACCGACUUCGACAGGAUUAUCUCAACCUGCAAGAAUUGGCAGGAUGAACCGGGAGAUUCAUCUGCAGUGAACAUGGACACUGCUGUUGCAAUACAGACACUUGAAGUGACAUACAAAUCUUCAGAUGCUGCAACUGCUGUUGAAAGCAUGAUAGUGAAGCUCACUGAGAGGGAUGGCCCGUUACUCAAAAGCAAAGGACGGGCAAGCCUUACGACGCAAAUCGUAGUAUUGACAUGGAGAUCUGUGUUGAUCAUGCACUGCAUUUUCUGGGCUUGGCCAUUCCUUGUCAUCUGUUGUGACAAGAGUUGCAGCAAUAUUUUUAUUCAUAUCAAUGUCCUCUCUUCUAAGCAUAGCUGGUGUACCUUGUUUAGUGAAGGAAAUCAAGAUAUAUAGGUGUGAAGUUUCGAACCAGCAUUCCGGGGCUUUAGUUUUCCUGCUUGGACAGCUAAUCUCCAGCAUUCCCUUCAUGUUCCUCAUCUCCAUUUCGUCGAGCUUAGUGUUUUAUUUCGCCGCCGGGCUGCGCAACGAGUUCGGCUUGUUGAUGUACUUUGUGCUCAACUUCUUCCUCUGCCUCUUGGUAAACGAAGGAAUGGUCAUCUUCUUCUCUUCCAUCUGUCUAGACGUCUUCUCCACCACGAUAACCUUAGUCUCAGUACAUGUGCUCAUGAUGCUUACGGCUGGAUACUAUAGAAUCCGACACGACUUGCCAAGGCCGGUGUGGAUGUACCCUAUGUCCUAUUUGGCAUUUCACACAUACUCUCUCAAGGGACUUCUGGAGAACGAGUACUACGACACUUCGUUUGAUGAUGGAACGGGGAAGAGCUUGUCGGGGUUCGAGGCUCUCAAAAAUAUGUACGACACAUCUGUUUACACUGAUGCAAAAUGGGGAAACAUGUUGGUGUUGCUUGCCAUGGCUGCUGCGUAUCGUGUGCUUGUUUUCGUUUCACUACAUUUUUGUGCCAGAAAAAGAAUGUUCUCUCUGAAUAGACUUUUCCCCUUUAG